AUGUGGCGGACGGCCGCUGCGUUCGCGCUGGUGGCUAUGGCCACGGCACUGCUUGAUGGUCCCAACGUCUGCACUAGACAGGAACCGUACACGACAACGAUAAGGGUCUCCGAGCAGCAGCCGUACCAGGUGAAGGAGUACUCGUGGUGCUUCAACGUGCCGCCGCGCUGCUCCAAGUACAAGAUUAAGUUCCGGCAGGUGUUCAAGACGCAGACGCUGGUGAAGCACCGGCCGGUGGAGGAGUGCUGCGCGGGGUACGCGCCCGACUCGGAGGGCGGGCAGUGCGUGCCCGUGUGCGCGGACGCGUGCGUGCACGGCAAGUGCGUUGCGCCGAACACGUGCGCGUGCGAGCACGGAUACGGCGGCCCGGCCUGCGAUAUAUCGUGCCCGGACGGCAAGUGGGGCCGCAACUGCCAGCACGAGUGCCGCUGCAUGAACGGCGGCACCUGCGAGCCGCUCACCGGCGAGUGCGCGUGCGGGCCCGGCUGGCGGGGCGACGCGUGUGAGCGCCCCUGCCCACCGGACAGCUUCGGCGACGGCUGCGGCCAGGGGUGCCAAUGUCAGAACGGGGCCGCGUGCGACCCGGCUAGCGGCGCCUGCGACUGCGCCCCUGGAUUCACCGGCCCGCUUUGUGAAGAGAAAUGUCCCACUGCCGAGCCGUGUAGGCAAGAAUGCAGAUGUCAAAACGACGGGAAGUGUAACUUCGUUACCGGAGAAUGUCAGUGCACGCCUGGUUGGACCGGAGAAGUGUGUGCGAACAGAUGUCCAAACGGGCGAUGGGGCGACAAAUGUCAGAAGACGUGCGAGUGCGCGAACGGCGCUGGCUGCCACCACGUCACCGGCCAUUGCCAGUGCGAGGCUGGCUUCACCGGCGAGAAGUGCGUCGACCCCUGCCCGGUGGGCACGUACGGCGCGGGCUGCCAGGGGGUGUGCGCGUGCGAGCACGGCGGCGAGUGCUCGCCGCGCAACGGCACGUGCGCGUGCAAGGGCGGCUGGCGCGGCGAGCGGUGCGAGUCGCGCGCCUGCCCCGACGGCAAGUGGGGUGCGCGGUGCGACCGCGACUGCGAGUGCAACCCCGCCACGACGGACAUGUGCGACCCGUGGACGGGCGCGUGUGACUGCGCAGCCGGCUGGGGGGGCGAGACGUGCUCGCGCCAGUGUCCCCUGCUCACCUACGGCAAGGGCUGCCGCUCCACCUGCCGCUGCGAGAACAGCGGACACUGCUCCCCUGUCAACGGCUCGUGCCUCUGCGCGCCCGGCUACCGCGGCCUGCGCUGCGAGGAGGCUUGUCCCUUCCCCAAGUACGGCGACAACUGCACGGACACCUGCCAGUGCCACAACAACGCCACGUGCUCCCACGAGACCGGCCAGUGCGACUGCCCGCCCGGAUUUGACGGACUGAAGUGCGACCGACCAUGCGAUGGAAAAAUGUUCGGGCUCAGAUGUCGUCAGCCAUGCAACUGCGAAAAUGAUGCGCCGUGUAAUCCUGUGAACGGCGAGUGCGUGUGCGGUCCCGGUUACGUGGGGCCGCGCUGCGAGCGCCGCUGCGCCCCCGGCUUCUACGGGGAGGGCUGCGCGUUGCCCUGCGACUGCUCACUUAACGCGCUCGGCUGCCACCACGUGACCGGGCAGUGCGUCUGCGAGAGCAGCUGGCGAGACGUGCUCGGGAAGACGAUGUUUUAUGACACCGGCUGCGACAACGCCACCGCAUCGCGGAAGGACGUCCUAACAACGUUCCACAGCGACGAGGACCCCGUCAAGGUGAUAUUUAUGAAGAGGAACAAUGAGGUCGAAACAAAAAGCACCGAGGCGCAGACGAGCGAAGAUUCUAUCGGAGAAAUUGCCAAGAGCUGCCUCACGUGGCAAACGACGGGUGGCGCGUUCGAUUCCCGAAUUGCGCUAAUGGCCACGGUAGAAACGCUGCGGGAAUACGAGCGGUGGGAGCCGAAGGCUUACCUAACGAUCGUCGGCGACAAAAUGUCCCUAUUGAGGUCUAACAACGUGCUGUGGAAGAUAAGAUUCGACAAUAAGAGGAUUUACCUGAAAAACUUCCUGUCCGGAUAUUUGCCUAAUAAU